AUGGCUUCCUCGUCGUCCAACGUGGUGGGUGUCCACUACAGAGUAGGAAAGAAGAUCGGUGAAGGGUCUUUUGGUGUGAUCUUCGAGGGUACAAAUCUCCUGAACAACCAGCAGGUUGCCAUCAAAUUUGAACCCCGGAAGAGCGAUGCUCCUCAAUUGCGAGAUGAGUACCGGACAUACAAAAUAUUAGUUGGAUGCCCUGGCAUUCCCAAUGUCUACUACUUUGGUCAGGAAGGUUUACAUAACAUCCUUGUGAUUGACCUACUCGGUCCCAGUCUCGAGGACCUUUUCGAUCAUUGUAAUCGACGCUUCUCCGUGAAGACCGUCGUUAUGGUCGCUAAGCAAAUGCUCUCCCGAGUCCAAACAAUCCACGAAAAGAAUCUGAUCUACCGUGAUAUCAAACCCGAUAACUUCCUCAUCGGCCGCCCGAACUCCAAGGCCGCCAAUGUGAUCCACGUCGUCGAUUUCGGAAUGGCCAAGCAAUACCGAGACCCCAAAACCAAGCAACAUAUUCCCUACCGUGAGCGAAAGUCGCUGUCCGGUACAGCGCGCUACAUGAGUAUUAACACCCACCUGGGACGCGAGCAGUCGCGACGAGAUGACCUUGAGGCUUUGGGCCACGUUUUCAUGUACUUUCUUCGAGGUGGCCUGCCGUGGCAGGGCCUGAAGGCUGCCACCAACAAACAGAAGUACGAGAAGAUCGGGGAGAAGAAACAGACAACCGCUAUCAAGGAACUGUGCGAAGGAUUUCCAGAAGAAUUCACCAAAUAUCUUAGCUAUGUGCGCAACCUUGGUUUCGAGGAUACUCCCGACUACGAUUACCUGCGGGACUUGCUUACCCAGGCCCUCAAGAACGCUGGAGAAGUUGAAGAUGGAGAAUACGAUUGGAUGAAACUGAACAACGGUCGAGGAUGGGAGUACAAGUCGUACUCGUCUCAGCAGGCCCUCCAGAACUCCGCCAUCCAUACUUCUGCUAGAGAUCUCCAUGGGCAGCAAAUUCGCAACAGCUCCAGACCGGGUGUGACCGCUGACCGUUUAAAUGCCGCGCAACCCCCGCCCCCGUCUCCUGCGAAACCCGGAGCCGGGAAGACGCGCGAGCCGCAAAACGUCAGAGGCGGCAUACCGCCGAAACGCCAGAGCGGGGGAUUCGAUGCGACACCAGCCGCGUCGACAGUGGCACAGUUCCAGAACUCGAACGCCAAUAUCUCGGGGCAUCGAAUCGGCAGCCCGGCGACCCCAGCGAAGAGCCAGCCAACCCCAGGCGGCCAGCAGGCGAGCAAUGAGCCGCAGCCCACCUUUAUCCAGAAGGUGAUGAAAGCACUAUGCUGCGGUAGGUGA